UGUCUGCCUCGCAGCGGCUAGCGGCGGCUUCGAAGCCUGACAGGCCAAGGCUGACAGCGAGUGUGUGCGGUGCGCUAGCUGUGCGUGCAUAUAGCGUUCUGCCUGGCACUUCCCACGGCCGGACGCGUUCGGCGCGUACGACGUUUGUCUGCCCCAUCGGCGCGCGUGUUGGAUUACGCGAUGGCCUUCUUCCGCGCAGCAUCAGCACCGCGCGUCCGGUGCAUGUGGUGACAUCCGCCGCGACGCCGGCUUGAGGAGCUGCUGCUGCUGCGCGCCAGACCACCGCAAUGCGCUGACAGCCGGCGGCGACGUAGGCGCGCGCCGUCUCGUCAUGUGCGACAUGGAAUCCAGCGAUCGUCCCCGGGUCGGCUUCUGGUGGGGCGACAAGAAGAGCCGCGAACUCAGCACGGAGGACUUCAAGCAAGCCUGCGCAUCCCAUGGGCUGGAACUUGUGAAGUUGGACCUGACUCGUCCCCUCGAGGAGCAGGGACCACUGGCAGCUAUUGUGCACAAGUUCUGCGACAUCCUUGUGCGAGCUGACCAUGGCGACACCGAGUGCCAACACAUCACUGCCGAAUUUGAGCGCUUUUGCCGAGCCCACCCGAGCGUGGUGGUUGUCGACCCCCUGGAGAAUGUGCGCAAGGUGCUCAACCGCUUCCACCAGUACCGCCUGGUCGAGCAGAGCCCCCUGGCCACAACAGAAUGGAUGUUUGUGCCGCCCUUUGUGGAGCUCACUGGAGCGGACGUGCAGGCCGACCGGGCGACACUUCGACAGCGCGGGGUCCAGUUCCCCAUUGUGUGCAAGCCACUGGUAUCGCACGGCAUGAAGCGGGCCCACCAAAUGUGCCUGGUAUUUGGCGAGCACGGCUUGGAGAACCUGCAGGGCCCCUGCGUGGCCCAGCAGUUUGUGCCCCACGAGGGACGCCUGCUCAAGGUGUACGUGCUGGGGCAGCGCUACCACCUCACGUGGCGGCCAUCACUCAAGGACUUUGUAGCUGACGACUCACCCACCAUUUUCUUCAACAGCCAGGAUGUUUCCAAGCCGCACUCCAGCUCUCCGCUCAAUGCCGAAGCUGCUCUGGAUGUAGCGCCAAUGCCAUGCCCGCGAAAACUCCGUUUUGUGGUGGACACGAUGAGGCAGCAGCUUGGGCAGAGACUCUUUGGCAUCGACAUCAUUGCAGAAAGGGACACGGGGCGGCUCUGCAUCAUCGACGUCAACAACUUCCCUGGUGAGCACACAUCCACCGUU